AACGCGGCCGAAGUGCUAGGAGAUCCUCGAGAGCGUCGGGGAAACGUCCCGUGCACGGCCAUUUUCUGCUGAAUUUCGUGCGAAUUCGGCCCCCGCGUAUCGACUGGGGGCGCGCGCGCGCGCGCCGGGAGGGGGAAAGACGCGUUCCCUCCUCUCUCUCUUUUUCUUUCUCUUUCUCUUUCUCUCUUGUUCUCCCCUAACGCAUCCUCUUCGUUCUCCUCUCAUCUUUCUCGAUAGCUCUCUCGCUUAGCCACGCUCGAGUCCUCCUCGCUUACCCUCCUGUCUCUUCACCGCUCUCGCGUUCCUUCAAGUUUCCGCACACACAAACGUGCCAAGCGCGCCCUGCCCAUCCCCCUAACGAUCAUUCUCCCCAUCCCUUCUCUCUCUCUUUCUCUCUCUCUCUCUCUCUCUUUCUCUGUCUCUGUCUCUCUCUCUCUCCCUUCGACAGGCAACCCCGCCGUCGUCGCCGCGUCGCGACGAUCCCGGCCGCUACACAGUAGGCUCUUCGUUUUUUCCCUUCUCCCCACCGUCCGGAGAGUACGUUCUUCCAAGCCGUGCACUUCCCGGUGCGGCGACGAUCUUUUCGAUCUCAACACACGGCAUCUUGUCGCGUUUCCUUAGACAUAAUUGACCACGACGACGACGGCGGCGACGGUGGUGGCAACGCAACGCGACUACUACGGCGACGACGACCACGACGAUCACGACGACGACGACGAUAACGACACAACGAUAACGAUAGAAUAAAGAUUAUUUUUCGCGGUGAAAAAGAAUAAAGUACCACUCUAGGACAGCGUGCUGACUCGCGUUUCUUCGCUUCGACUCGCGUCCUUCUUGUCUGUCUCGCCGGGAGGAGAAUUCCCCGAGAAAAGUGCUCGAUCAACGAGAGACGACGAAGAAAGAUGGGGAAAGGGACGUCGUUGCUGUAUAUGAUUGACGGUUUGCAAUGAAUUUCCCGCCGUUCGGAGGCCACUUUCCCGGCACUAUACCGAGUAUCCAUCAGUUCGCGACCGACGGCUCCGGUGGUGCAGGCGCGCGUUACGCUAAUCAUUUUCCCAACCAGCCUCCGAUCGGAGUGCCGGUUAUGGGAAAGUACCGUCCUGAGACCAACGGCGUACAAACUCCUCAAUCUCAAGUGAUGAUGAACAAUAAGGCUAAUUAUCCAAACAGCAACGUCCACCAUUAUCCCAAUGUGCCAUAUUCUCAAGCUCAACCGGUGCAACAGAGACCCUCCAAUUCUCCUGGAAUGCAAGAGAAACGUUCGUAUCAUCAGCAAGCCACCGAGACUAUAAAUCAACAGGACGUUUGCAAUCUCCUACAGGAUAAGGACAAAAGCAAGGAUAAGAAGGCGGAUGAGCAGCAGCGUAACGGGGACACUGCGACCAAUGGUGGACAGCAGGACUACACGAUGCAUCAACAUCAUCAACAACAUGCCCACACCCAAACACCUGCUACGAUGCCUGCAACCUGGCAGUCCUUGGCAACGCCUGGCUCCACCGUAGCUGAUUAUCUUAGUCAUUUACCAGCUAGUACUUUGCCGCUUAGCUUACAUCAUUUUCUCAAGUACUCUGCAGAAAGUAUAAAGAAGGAAUCCGAAAUGGCACAAACAACAUCCGUAGCUGUAGCUACCACAACUACACCUAAUAUCAUGAUGUCACCAAAUAACAAGAAAAAGAAGAAGAAGAAGCCACCAAAGGAAAAAAAACCACGCCCAAAACCAGGAGAAAUUCGAUUGACUACAGCUUUAGAUGGAUCUACACUUUACUGCUGUCCUGAGUGUCAUAUGGCAUACCCUGAACGAGAAUUGCUGGAACAACAUCUAUUAGGUCAUACUAUGGAACGAAGAUUUGUCUGUGACAUUUGUGGAGCGGGUUUAAAAAGGAAAGAUCAUUUGACACGCCACAAGCAAAGUCAUAAUCCUGAAAGACCUUAUGUCUGCACUGUGUGCCUAAAAGCUUUCAAGAGAAAAGAACAAUUGACGUUGCACUUUGUAAUACAUUCUGGCGAGAAACGUCAUGUGUGUACAGAGUGUGGUAAAGGCUUUUAUAGAAAAGAUCAUUUGCGAAAGCAUACUAGGAGUCAUAUUGCUAGGAGAGUGAAAGCUGAAUUAAGUCAGAAUGCUGGUACUCAACAGAAUCAACAGCAGAAUAAUGUAUCCAGUAUGCAAACGACGACCGUGUCAGCAUCGUCCGUUCUUCCAGGCGGGCAUCCAGGUCCUCUCCUAUCCUGAGCCCCGCCACCAGGGAACUUCCAAGUUCCCCAUCCAAACAAUAUUCUUCAUACUCAUACUUCGCAUCAUACAUUACAUCAUCAUCACUUGGCCGCAGUCAAUGUGGCGCACCAAUCGAACGUUACUCCGCUUGCUACACCCAGCCAUUAUCAGACGCACGAGCUCGGCUUUCUAGGACAUGUAAAAGAUUUCUGAGAGCAGGGGAAGACCUCGACUAAGAGGUAACAUUAUGACGCUACACGAUUGUCUCCGCGAACAGAGUUUCAGCGAUUUCACGUGGCUCGGACAUAGUGAGUUUUCUACAUAUAUUUCAUUUAAAAGUGAUUCAAACGAUGUUCUGCUUCUUGCAUCCUUCUUAUAAACGACGAUGAAUUCAUUCGUUCAUGCGGAUGCUAUUUAACGUACGAAUUCUUGCAUCCACAAUUAUACUUGGAUGCAAAACGAUUCGAAGGAUGUCCAGAAUUUGUUCAACAUUUUCUCUUUAGAUCUUUAUAGCAUGAAUAAAUGUGAUAUACGAGCAAGGAUCGAGAACAGACACGUUCACACUAUAGUAUGGGUUGAAGUGCAUACAAAGUAUAAUUUCAGUAAGAGAACUAGAUUAGGAGCCUGAUUUAAGAGUCUUGCCAUACUCAUGGUAUGUAUGAAAAACAAAACAUAUUUUUGUGAAAGCUUGGUAUUAAUAUAUGGAAACUAAGCUAGUUAGCGGGGGAGAGAGAAAUACAAUGAAUUAUAUUUUUUUUCUUCAUAACUGUGCUGGAUCGAAAUGCUGUAUUUGCGAGUGUAUCUAUCAGAUUUUUAUAAUUAUCUGAUUCGGUUGAAUAGUGCAAAACAAGUUAUCAUAUUAAAGAAUCUUUUAGAAUUGUAAGGGCAAUAUAGAUGCAAAAACAUUCGUCCCAAUGUCUAUUCGAUUGUAUGUCUUUCAGUUUUAAUUAAUAUCAUAAAAAUUUGAUAUUUUCUCAAUAUUUUAUAUUUCAACAUAUUGAGUAUACUUUAACAAUGCAUUAUAUAGAUGAUACUUCUUAAUAUACUAAAUUUAUUUACUAAAUUUAUUUUAAAUGAAAAUUUUUUAAUUUUUAAAAUAUAGGAUUUAUUAAAAAAGAAAACAUAUAUUAAUAAUUAUUAUUAUGUAUGGCAAUAUUCUGUGCACGGUAAAAGUUAUACUUCUUUUGUUUUCUUUGAUUUUGCAUACAAAGUUGACAGUAUUUUAUAUUUUACGAUAGUUCCAAAAUUGUGCUUAUAUGUAUACUUUUAUACAUAAGUGCGUAAAUAUUUAUAUGAAUAUAUAUAUAUAUAUAUAUUUUACGAUUCAUCAAGAUCGUACUAAAAUCCUUUGUAAACAAACUCUUAUUGAGUUUGUUUCGUUUUUAUAUGAUUUUUACAUUGUUUUUAUAGAUAUUUUUCGUUAGAUCUGUUUAAUCUUCGUUGAGUACUGAUUACAUUCGUAAGCUCUGUCCUUAAAGGUACAGUAUAUAUUUAGGUUUUUUGUUUUUUCUUUUUAUAUGUGUAUACAGUACAUUAUGUUCAAAUAAGUACAGUUGAUAAACUGUUUAAUUUAUAUAUUGAGCCUUUUGUAAAGAUAACCCUCGUGGACUGUGAUCAUUUUGGAUAGAGAUUUCUUGCUCUAGUUAUCCAAAUGAACUUGCGUUAUCAAUUAUCUAUCUAAUUUUUUUUUUUAGACUUAUUAAUUGUGCCAUUCUUUUUAAAUCCUCCUUGCCGUUUUCUCUUGCCAUACCAAUAACUGUUCGGUUACGAUCGCUCACACUAUCGUACAUUUAUGUUUGUCGUCAAGUAUCUUGUACGUGUUUAAACAUUAAUUCAACGUCAAUAUGAUGGAAGAUAGUGUUGAAUAUGUUUAGGUACUGUAUAAAUGUAACGUAUAUGCCUGGUUAGGAAUGUGAUGCGAAUUUUUCAAAUGGAAAAAAGAUUGGAAAGUUUCAGAUAUGUAGAAUGCCAAUUGUAGAAUGUAUCUUUACACAACAAUUUUAGAUUUUUCAUUUGAAGUAGGCGAAAUAAACUUUUAAUCGAGGAGAAGACUAUGAGAAAGAGGAUUUCUAAACCAAUGAUAAUUUUUAACAUAAUGUUGAAACUAAUAAUGUCGAUGGUUUUCACUAUAUUCAUUAUAACCAACUUUUUUGAAGUAUUGCAUUUGUGUUGUAUAAUACUUUCAUACUUAAAGAUCAAAUAUCACAGCACAACGAUGAUUAACUAUUAAACUAAUGCACCAUUUAAAGAACUAUCUAAUCGAUAUAGACAAUACCCCAAUAGUUUCUGACAUAGUCUCUUGAGAAAUGUCACUUUUAAUUUGAUUAUACUUUGUUCGAUAAAUAAUAUUUUCUUUUCAAAAGUAAUAAACAAUUGAGAGAAAAUCCAAGAGAGUUAUAAAAUUAUCGUACGGUUGAUCCUCGUUGUUGACUCUUCCGCAUCAUGUUUCUAGCGUGAUACGUUUUAGCAAGUAACACGAAAAUUCAGGUUUCGUCAGACCUCAAGUAUAAUGAUAUAAUAAGAAUAUGACAUACAUAGUAUAUACUAAAAGUUGUAUAUAUCUAUAUAUUUAUAUUUAUAUAUAUAUAGAUAUAUAUAUAGAUACAUAAAUAUUAUAUUAUAAAAGUAUAAGAGAAUGAGCUGUAUUAAAAUACUCCACCGCCACGUAUUUGUAAUCGUAAAUAACAACAACAACAACAACAAAAAAAGAGAGUACACCUUAGACGGUACAUUUAGUAAGUAAGUUUGUAUACAAGACAACAAAAAUACGACGUAAAUUGAGAAAGAAAAAAAUUAGUGCGCGUGCGAAAGCGAGAAAAAAGGGAGAGAAAGAGAGAAAGAGAGAGAGAGAGAAAGAAAGAAUGAAAGUGAGAGCGAGAAAGGAUGAGAGAGAACGAGAGAAAGAAAAGUCGAAGAAGAAAGAGCGAGAGAUAGUCUCCUAAAACAGAGCAAGCCAAAUAUGGAGCUACUGAAGAAAAAACUCGCAAUGUCGAUAUUGUGUGUGUGUGUAGUUAUAUCGAGAAUUCAAAGAGAAAGAGAGAGAGAUAAAGAGAGAGAACAAAAAAAAUGCCGUGCGUAUUAUUGAUCUAAUCAUGCGAAGAGAAAAUAAUUAAUAAAAUGUAGCUUUAUGAUUUAUACAACGGAGUUGAGUGAUGAGAAGAAAGUUUUCCAAAAAUUGUAUAUCUUUACAAAAAUAAUGUGAAAUGUGACAUCACAAAAUGGUGGUCUAUUCAAAAGCUAUGAUUAAGAAAACGGUAUUCUCGUAUUCGACGGAUUUUUUAUACUUUUUAAUGAAAAAAGAAAAUAAUAAUAAUAAUAAUAAUAAUAAUAAUAAUAAUAAUAAUAAUAAUAAUAAUUAAACAAA